AUGGCGGAGGUCUCGGUGCUGGGCCAUGGAAAUGGCUCACUUCCAGAUGCGCUCCAAUACGGAGCUUGGAAUCCAGCGCAUAGGCCCGAACAACUCUCCAACGAAACCGAUCGAGAUGAUCCACCCGCCUCUUCCCCGACAUUCGGCCAGAUCGGAGAAUCCGCUGAGAGUUCACCGGGAAAUACCAGCUCGAAAUCUCUUGAACCGGAGAAACCCGUUGUAGAGCCUUUAAAUAGCGAUUCUACACACUUGGGCGAACUUUCCAAAGUUGCGGUCGAGUCACGAAAUCACGGAAUUAUGGAUUCGAACAUCAUUGAGGCUGAGCGGUUUGGAUUCAAGCAGAAUGUCGACCUUGCACAUUCCGAUUCGCCUUUGAUUGAUUCAUUCCAGGGAUCUGAAGCUGGGCUGCUAGCGAACUCGUUUUCUGACGACAGCGUCGAUUUCCAGGCGAUGAUUGGGGCAACGUUGAAGAGCAAACAGGACAAUUCGGAUAAGGGUGAUGAGGAAUCUCACCAGCCAUUGUCUGACCCCCAACCGCCUAAUAAUACUAACGCGGGAGACAGCCCAUGGAACAAUACAUUCGCAGCUGAUGAAGAAGGUGGCGCUGGUUUUUUCAACAAUAUCAGCUCACAAACGAAACCGAUCUAUAACCCCCCAGAACCCGAGUCCCGUUUUGAGGAAGGACUCCCACUCAUUGAUAAUAGCGAUGCUCAAUCUCUGGUGAACAGUCACCCGGUCAACGCAAUCGACACCCUUUUUGAAGCGGAUGAAGCCACAGGGGACGCCGACUUUUUCAGCUCCCAAAUGACGAACCAGAAAGAGUCGACGUGGGAACAGCCUUCUGGAUUAGAACGUAAAUCCACGUCACAAGUCCUCUCUGGGCUAAAUGUUACCCCAUAUGCCAAUGCUGCCCCUCAGGAGCCCGCAGCAAACGAGGACGUUGGGGAAGAGGAGUUGGCGGAAAGAUGGAAGGCAUUUUUAGAUGAUGAUGAUUUGUUGAUCGAAAACGAACCUCUCGAUGCAUCGACGAACGACUCUGGUGCUGAAAUGCCGAAGUAUCGAACUGAGGCCACAGAGCACUUGGCUACACCUAACACCUCGCAAUUCCAGCCUCAGUCGUCCACCGCCAACCCUUACGCUCCACAUCAGCCAUCAUUGUCCGAGAUGCUAGCUUGUUUACCAUCAUCAAACUCGUUUUCAGCCCCGCAGCAAGUAGUCAAGCCAGAAAAGGGACCGGUUGAGAGUUUCGUUAAUCAGCCGAAGGCCGGAUAUCAAUCCCCCUUCGACUUACCGUUUGAAAUGCGCCCAAAACAUGCCGUAACUCGCGCUGUUAAGCACCCGCCUGGUAUGAACCCGCCACCCCGCAGCAGUUCCAUGACAGGAUCCCGCCCUCCAAGUUCGUCUUAUAUGCCUUCGAGUCCGGAGGGAACUGGUGGCUUGCCGAAUGCAGCUCCACCACAUAUAUCCAAUUCUGAUACAGUUUCUCCAUCAACCAAAGCACCUGUUAGGACUGGAAGUUUUUUUGAGGAGCUCCCGGUCGUAACAAGAUCCCGCCCAUCCACUCGAGGUCGACAUGCGUCACAGCCAAACCCGGCCGAACAGCCUCCCAAUGCACCGAUAGGGCCAAUGGUCCCACCACCCGCUUCCCAUCCGCAGCAGAACCGCGACCCUUAUUCCCAAUUUCAAUUACAGCCUCCUGCGCCUGUAGAUCUGUAUUCCACUCUUCCUGUCCCUCCCUCUCAACACCCUCCCCAGUCCUCCCGGUAUUCACCUCAGCCGCCCUCUCAGCCAGCAACGAAAUCGGCCCCCUUUCCUCGAUAUUCUCCUGCACCACCCCAGCUUGCUGGCACUACAGGCCCACCAACGUAUGUAUCGCAGUCCCCAACUGUUCAAACAUCCGUCACUACGCGUCCGUUCCAGCCACGCACCUCGAGCCCCCUCGCAUACCACGAGCCUACAAUGCCGUAUUCGUCUCCGCCGCGGAAAAGAGAGCCACUUCCUGUCACUUCCACUGUCCCACCAACCUCCCGCCUCCCGCCCCUGGGACCCGAUUCGCAGAUCAUUCCUCCCAAACGCUCCAUGACCCAGUCUCCUGGGAAAAUGAAUCCUCUUCAAACAUCUGCUGGAUCGAGUCAGAAUGCUUACGUGAGACCAGCCUCAGCUCACGGCGGCAGGUCGUCAAUGCAAACAUUCCAGACCGCUUAUACCCCCGCUGUUCAUAAUCGCUCAGUUCCAGUUUUGGACUUUAUUCCUCCCACCGAUGGCCGAGAACAUGAUCCUCUCCAGCGCUGGAAAGGCGCUCCAAUCUUUAGGUUUGGAUUUGGUGGAAGUGUGCUAUCGACAUUUCCAAAGCAUAUCCCCAGAUAUUCUACGGGUCAGAUGGUUCCUCGUAUCAAACCGACUCUGGGUGACAUUAAAAUUUAUCCGAUUAAUCAACUACUUCCGCAUGACGAGCCUCUUGAUAAGUUUCCAGGACCCUUAAAAUCGAAAUCCAAAAAGAAAGACGUCUUAACCUGGCUUUCUACCAUGAUAUCCGCUUUCGAGACCCUUCCGGUAGAAGGCCCUGCUCAAACAGAUCUGGUACAAGAACGUCGCCGUGAAGAUACCAUCUUGCUUUGGAAGGUAGUGAGGGUUUUGGUUGAACAUGACGGGGUGCUGGGUGGCUCUACGGCAGCAGACGCAAGCCUUCAAAGCGUAUUCUCACAGAACGACGCAACUACAGAGGCUGGGCCAUUGGAUACUCAAUCUGGAUAUCCUGAUGCUAAUCGCCCACUCGCUGGGUCGCUGACAUCCGAACCCGCCAGUUCUCUAGGAGUCGAAACCAUCCACAAAAAUCUUGUGUCUGGGGACAGGCAAAAGGCCGUUUGGGACGCAGUUGACCAUCGUUUGUGGGGCCAUGCAAUGCUGAUUUCAUCUACUCUGGACAAGUCCGUUUGGAAACAGGUUGUUCAAGAAUUCAUUCGUCGGGAAGUUCGAUCUUUGGGGCAGAAUACCGAGUCCUUAGCUGCGUUAUACGAGAUAUUCGCUGGCAAUUUCGAAGAGAGCAUUGAUGAAUUGGUACCACCCUCUGCGCGAGCUGGUUUGCAGAUGGUUAGCAUGCAUGCAGGCCCAGGCCCUGCUAAGGAUGCCCUGGAAGGCCUAAAUAAAUGGAAGGAGACUGUGAACCUAAUACUGAAAAACAGAAGUAGCCAAGAUCACCAGGCUUUGCUAGCACUUGGCCGGUUGCUUGCAUCAUACGGAAGGACAGAAGCAGCACAUGUUUGUUGCCUAAUCGCCGGGGCUAAGACGAGAUUCGGCGGUGUACAUGACCCACAGGCUGAUAUAGUUCUUCUGGGUUCUAAUCACCGGCUGAACUCGUCGGCCACCUUGACGGAUCGCAAGGCUUAUUUAUUAACCGAAGUUUAUGAAUUUGCUACAUCCGUACUGGCUACAGCACCAUCCCCAGUCUUGCCUCAUUUACAAGCUUUCAAACUUCAGCACGCCAUGCAUCUGGCUGAAGAGGGUCAUAAAUCUGAGGCUCAACAUUACUGCGAAGCAAUUGUUUCUAUUGUCACGUCGAAAUCGAAUGCGAAAUCACCAUACUACCACCAAACUUUCUUUGCCCAAUUAGACGAACUACUACAGCGUUUGAGACAGGCUCCUGCGGACGGCUCAUCAUCCUGGAUUUCGAAACCCAGCAUGGAAAAGGUCUCAGGGUCGGUGUGGGCGAAAUUCAACAGUUUCGUCGCUGGCGACGAUAACGAAGUGGCAUCGAACGGCUCCGGCAAGGCUGGAGAAGGGGAUAUUGGACCAUUCGCCAAAAUCGCCGGGACGCCGCCUGUCAGUAGGUCCCCUUCGGUCGUCGAAGGAUAUGGAUCAUAUUUUCCCUCUCAGCAGGUUCCACCAUCAUCAUCAAGUUCUCGUUACGCCCCAAAUAAUCAGCACUAUCCUCCUUAUUCAUCCCCAGAACAAUCUCGUGGUCGUCGGUCUUUGGACUCCCAGAGGUCACCUUCACAUAAUGCGGCGCGUUCGUAUUCCCAGCGCCGCAACUCCCAAGAUCCUAUGACCCCUCUUGAGAAUAAUGGUUAUGGGUUGGCCUCUAGCAAUAUACACGCAUCGCCUGCUGGUAUUAGUUCCCACUUUACACCACCUCAGCCAAACUACUCCCCUCUUGCACCUGUCAAGGAGAUUUAUUCCCCUCAGGUUCAGUCUCCUACGAGCGAAACCCCCGCAGCACAAUUGUCUACAACUAGUUUCGGUAUCAGUCAGGAGAGUUCAUUGCCAUUGCCGGCGACAGCAGCAGACGAUCAUGAAGCCAAAACUGGUGCAAUGGUACCUGAACAACCCCAGUACCAACCACCCACUUAUGAACCUCCAUCUCUAAGCACCGGUUACGAACCACCUUCAUAUUCUACAGAUGUUGCAGAGGGUGAGGAAUCAGAAGAAGUAAAACCGAAAAAGAAAUCAUUCAUGGACGAUGACGGUGAUGACGAUUUUAUGGCUCGCGCGGCACAGCUCAGGAGUGUCGAGAAGGUAAGGAUAAAUCGCGAGGCGGAUGAAGCUUUCAAGAAGGCUGCAGAAGCAGAUGCAAAACGACCUCCAACCGCAGAAAAGAAAGGCUGGUUUUCAGGUUGGUUCGGAAAGAAGGAGGCGGGCCCAGUCCGCGCAGAUCUCGGAGAUGACAACGCCUUCUAUUUCGAUAAAGAGUUGAACAGAUGGAUCAACAAAAAUGACAGCGGUGGCACCGCCGCAGCGGCCGCCACGCCGCCUCCUCCUAAAGGCUCAGCGCCAUCCAGCCGGUCUGCAAGCGCUGCCCAAACUCCCACAACGCCCAACCUAGUAAAUGGAAGGCCGGGACCCUCGACCAUUGCGGGGGUCGCUUUAUCCGCUCCGACUGGUAUUCCGCCACUUCCCACGCCGCCAUUGAGCUCGCUGGGCCCAGCGACAGGCAGUCCGCGCCCAAUCCCAAGAUCCGUUUCGGCUGGCGCUCCAACAGGACCGCCAUCACGCCCUAGCACUUCGUUAAGCAAUGCGAGCUCGAUUGACGAUCUCCUAGGAGCCCCGCAGGCAAGAAAAGCGGGUACUGUCAAAGCACGGAAAAAGGGCCGGGGCUAUAUUGAUGUCAUGGCGAAAUGA